AUACUUGAGUGAAUUACAUAAGUUUUUUUGAAGAGUCCGGGGUUUCCAGUCACUACUCAGGUCUAUAAUAUCCGUCCUCAGUAGCUGACACUCACAGUAGACCAGUAAGCAGUUAACCAGAAGACUGUUCCGUUGUUGUUCAUCUUUCUGGGACAUCAAGGAUGGAGUGUACGUCUAGGAUUAUAUCCUUGGUGGCGUUAUUAUGUUCUGCUGUUUUCGCCUUGACCAUUGCAAGAAGUGCGGACAUUCAAUUCAUGUCUAUGCUAAAGGAAGGGACAUUGAAAAUCAAAGAUUCUGGCCAUGCUGACAACUGUGGCAGCGUCCCAAUAAAUUUCACCUGGUCACCGAAAGAUUUAUCUCCUUCUGGUGAAGUAACACUGUAUCUCGACUACAUCCUACCUUAUGACUUAAACAAAGGCACCUAUAACCUUACUAUUUAUGAGCAUGGCGAGAUGAAACCAAUGAUAAACAAUAACGGUAGUUUUACCUGCAACACAUUACAUCACUGUCCACUGAACAAGGGAGAUCACGUCGUCAAAAGUCAAGUUAUUUUCAAUUUACGCAAUUUGGGAGGCUAUGCUGGAGAUUAUGACGUCGUUGCUCAAGUGUGGAACUCAGAUCUACAAAAUAUGUUUUGUAUCAACUUUACACUGACCAUACUGGACGAACUGGGACCACUACCAAUCAGAAAUGGCUUUUCUUAACGAUACUAAAGCAUCUUCUUUAUUUACUGAGUGAAACAUUUUUCUUUCAUUCUUUACCCACAGUGUCUGAAGCUCGUAAAUAAACAAAAUUCACUAA